GCCUAAACCUUCAAUGGAUGUCUCGUUAUAGGUCCUAAGCGGAUAAAGACAGUGAUGAUCCAGUUCUGAUGAUUGAAGCGCAUUGACCUCUAGUGCAGUGCUCCACAUCUUAGGGAAAGCAGCGAGCAACGCAAGUGCGGGCAAGAUGUGGCGCUGUUGAGAGGCGACAGAGGCGCAGCGCAAAGUGAUGCCGGGGGGGCGGCGGGGGCUCGUAGCCCCACAGAACACCUUCCUCGAGAACAUCAUUCGCCGCUCCUCAUCGCAGCCAGACAGCAGUUUCCUCCUGGCCAACGCGCAAAUCGUAGAUUACCCCAUCGUAUACUGCAACGAGACCUUCUGCAAGAUGAGUGGCUACAACCGCGCGGAGGUGAUGCAAAAAUCUUGCCGCUGCGGCUGGAUGCACGGCGAGCUGACGGAGAAAGAGGCGCUCGAACGCGUCGAUCGCGCACUCGACCACCACCUCGCCGAUCAGUUCGAGAUCCUGCUCUACAAGAAGAACCGUACGCCGCUGUGGCUACUGGUGCACGUGGCGCCGAUUCGCAACGAGCGCGAGCUCGUCGUGCUUUUUCUGCUCACCUUCCGCGAUAUCACCGCACUCAAGCAGCCAAUCGACGCAGACGACCCCAAGGGAGGUCUGUCCAAGUUUGCAAAGCUGGCGCGAUCGGUGACGCGGUCGCGGUCGGUGCUGGUGUCGGCGCUGCCUGCGCUGAAGGAGCCGGCGCGGCAGAGCCACCUCGCGCAUGUCAGUACACCCGCAGCGCAUGUGAUGUCGCUAUCUGGAGAGGUGCUUCCGCAGUACAGGCAGGAGGCGCCCAAGACGCCCCCGCACAUUCUGCUUCACUACUGCGCCUUCAAGGCCAUCUGGGACUGGAUUAUCCUGUGCCUCACCUUCUACACGGCUAUCAUGGUUCCCUAUAACGUGGCCUUUAAGAAUAAAACUAGCGAAGACGUGUCGCUGCUCGUGAUCGACUCGAUCGUGGACGUUGUGUUCUUCAUCGACAUAGUGCUUAACUUUCACACGACGUUCGUGGGGCCGGGUGGUGAAGUGGUCAGUGACCCAAAAGUCAUCAGAAAGAACUACUUCAAAUCAUGGUUUCUCAUCGAUUUGCUCUCUUGCCUACCUUACGACGUGUUUAACGCGUUCGACCACGACGAGGACGGUAUCGGCAGCCUGUUCAGCGCCCUCAAGGUUGUGCGGCUGCUGCGUUUGGGUCGCGUGGUGCGUAAGCUGGACCGCUACUUGGAGUACGGCGCCGCCAUGCUCAUCCUGUUGCUGUGCUUCUACAUGCUCGUAGCACACUGGCUGGCCUGCGUGUGGUACAGCAUUGGACGAUCGGACGCCGACUCGGGCCUACAGUAUUCGUGGUUGUGGAAGCUGGCUAACGUAACGCAGAGUCCGUACUCUUACGUGUGGUCCAAUGAAUCAGACGGGCCCGAGCUCGUUAAUGGGCCCUCGCGCAAGACCAUGUACGUGACCGCCCUCUACUUCACCAUGACGUGCAUGACCUCCGUGGGCUUCGGCAACGUGGCCGCCGAGACCGAUAACGAGAAGAUCUUCACCAUCUGCAUGAUGAUCGUGGCAGCGCUACUGUACGCGACAAUAUUCGGGCAUGUGACUACCAUCAUUCAGCAGAUGACGUCGGCGACGGCAAAGUACCACGACAUGUUGAACAACGUUAGAGAAUUUAUGAAACUGCACGAAGUGCCCAAGGCACUUAGCGAACGAGUCAUGGACUACGUCGUCUCUACCUGGGCUAUGACAAAGGGGCUCGACACCGAUAAGGUGCUGAAUUACUGCCCCAAGGACAUGAAGGCAGACAUUUGCGUGCAUCUCAAUCGCAAGGUCUUCAACGAGCAUCCGGCUUUUCGGCUGGCGUCGGACGGCUGUCUGCGCGCGCUCGCCAUGCAUUUCCAUAUGUCGCACUCUGCACCAGGCGAUCUGCUCUACCACACGGGCGAGUCUAUCGAUUCUCUUUGCUUUAUCGUGACCGGCAGCCUAGAGGUGAUCCAGGACGACGAAGUUGUGGCAAUUCUUGGCAAAGGCGACGUGUUCGGCGACUCUUUUUGGAAGGACAGUGCCGUCGGUCAGUCGGCGGCCAACGUACGCGCGCUUACUUAUUGCGACCUGCACACCAUCAAGCGCGAUCGCCUACUCGAAGUGCUCGAUUUCUACCAAGCCUUCGCCAACAGCUUCGCGCGCAACCUCACGCUCACCUACAAUCUGCGGCACCGCCUCAUCUUCCGCAAGGUGGCCGACGUGCGACGCGAGCGCGAGCUUAUGGAGCGCCGCAAGCGCGAGCCGCACCUCGAACAGGCGCAGGACCACCUCGUGCGCAAGAUUUUCUCGCGUUUCCGCCGCGAGCGAAGCGUAGCCGCCGCGCCAGCUCGUCCCGCCGCGCCCUCGAUUGCCCCGGCCGACAGCGAUUCGGAACCCGCGCCGGCCGUAAGUGGAGCAGGUGCUACUUCGUUGGCAGAAGGUAGUGGCGUUACCUCGGGGGCGACCGGAGAGGCGGUGGGUACCGUCGCGGGGUCGGUGGCAAACACGGGAAGCACAGGCGCAGGUACGGCGGCGGCCCGCGGCAAGUGGGGACGACUGCUGGCGGGCGGUGCCCACUCUCUUGAAGGGGGCGACCCGCCACGGGCAUCUUUUACGCGUUCCCUAAGUGCGCGGGAUAACGCCAGCCCUGCUACUGCCACGUCCGCUACGACAUCUCUCACAACCGUGACGCUCAAGAGUGCGUUCGGACGAGGGCGCGCAAGUAGCGUGUUGACUGGAACCACCCGUCGUGAUCCUAUCGACGAAGAGGUUCCGGCCGCCGCCGUCGGCACUGCAUCAGCGACAGCGGCCACGACCACUGUUGCGACAACGACAACGGUGACAGCGGCGCCGGUGACGGUGACGGCGAGCGCGGCGGCAGUGAGUCACGAAGCGGCAUUAGCGGAGCUGCGACGUGACGUUCGCAACGAAGUACAACGGUUACAGCACAAGCUGGCGCGCGUGGAGGAGCUGCUGACUCUGCUCGCCUCUCGUCUCGGUGCCGACCCCCACGAGGUGCCAUCCGGCCCCUCCGACGGACCCGAUCGCCCCGACUCCGCGGCCGUCGCCAGGAAGCGACGCUCCAAGGCACGCAGCAAAGGAGCGGCACCGCAAGCGCCCUCGUCGAGCACCCCGACGACACCCACGGAGGGCCCCGGGCACUCGGGGGAGAACCCGGGCUCGGCCACUCUUCGCCGGCGCGAGUUCGUGUAGCGCGGCGCGGCGGGCGGUCGCCCCCGCUAGCCGCUCGCUCCCCGUGAACUUCGACACUGUACAGUAGAACAUAGACUCGCGUGUAGGGCCCGGUGAUGGUGCGACGCGUCUUCUCCCAGGCCGAGGCCGGAAGUGCGCGACACGCAAUAUUGUAACAUAGUAUUUCGCGAGAAGUGUAUAAAAUAAUGUGUAAGCCGCUUAACUUUGUGAGAAGUUUUAAAUGUAGUUUUGAGAAGCAAUAUAAUUAUUAUAUACCUAAAUGAAACGUUCUUUGUACACUAGAGACUUACAACCGACCAAGUAUUUUCUUAUCGGCCAGAGGUUAUUUUAAUGUUUCUCUUUGUAAAUAUUGUACGGCAGCAGCCGUCUGUUAAGCUAUUUAAUAUUUUCUACUGCACUCGCCACACGCUAAUGUCGAAUUUCUGAUACUUUAUAUAUCGAGACGUCCGCGUCGUCGUAAGUUCACCUGUGAUGUAAGUCGUGCUUUCGUUCUAUCGCUGGGGUAUUCCGCGUACAUUUAUACCUUUACCUAUUUAGUUACUUGAAUUUUAAAAUAUUCCAAUAACACAUAUCUCGAGCGAUAUUUGAGUAUAUUGUAAACGGGGCCGUUUAGUCUAGGACCGGCCGGGCCCGUUUCUACUGCCUUUCGAAAACGGUGAUAUGCUUAGUCAAUUAUUUAAGAUUAUAACGACGCCAACUAAAUGGUUUUUUUUUAUUGUGAGCUUUCUCUUUCCUCCUCCUGUUCUCGAACGUGUAAGAGCGGCGAUUCAACUUAUAACUAUGUCUAGACGGACGACGCUCUCGCUACAAUUCAACUUUCCUCUCACUCCACCGCUGAACUCGAUCGAGGCCGGCGCUCACAUCUAGACAUACUUAUAAGGACGGGUCCGCGCGCGACGCCGUCUCCCGAAAUGUAUUAUGAAAUAAUGAUCGUUUAUGAAGAA